AUGCAACAUCCAGCCCAGCACAAGCCAAAGAGAGGCGGAAGACGUGAGAGGGCCAAGAUGAAACAGUCCAGGCAAGAGGGACUGAUUGGAGCUGGAACUCAGAUUGACAAGUUGAAGCAAAGAGACACAGACGGCGACAUCUCUUUUGAUGUUCGCCAUUGCAAGUGUGGCCAAGUGCACUCAUCAUCAGUGGAGGAUCCUGACCAUGGAGAGAACUCCUGCGUCUUGGACUCUCUAGCCCACUCGGCAAAGAUGGGGUCUAUGAGGGUCACUCCUUUGUGUUUUGCAGGGACGCCAUACUUGAACAUGUUCUCGAAAGCUGCCAUGAGUGUUUACGACCUCAGCCACUUCCAAGUCAAGGAUGCCAUUGCUCAUUUGUUGAGAAAGGACGAAGACUUGUGGGAGAUAGCAACUCGCAAUGGAACAGCGUACAAGAAGCAAUGCACUCUGACGCGACUCCCGGCGUUUUAUGUCAACGGACCCCACAGUCAUGGGACCUUGUCACCAACUGAUCUCUUGAAGCUGCAAAGAGAUGUCGCACAAGGGAAAGCGUUGAAAGGAGAGGUUGAGCUCAGGUGGUUCCUCUACUUGACAGGAUUGAACGUCGUCAUUCACAGGCCUGGAGGAUGCGUGUUGAUCGCAGGAGAAGGCAAGGAUGAUGACGAGCAUCAUAUCUUUAUCACCGGAGGACACUGCUACUUCGUCAAGCCCUCACCUUUCGUUGAUCGACAUGCAGCUGAGCUCACCAGAAUGAAAGAUGCAGCCAAGAAGAUAAGAGAUGACUUGGAAAUCAAGGAGCGCGAGCUCAAAGAGGAUGAAGCCUACGCGAGGAAAGUGGUGCAGGAGCUUUUUCUUGCCGGGCCAUUUCAGUUGAUUGCUAUGAUGUCGGAUGCCGCGGCUUCGUUGGACAUAUGCCGAUCAAUGGAGGUCAGGUCCAAUGCAAGAGCACAACUUGCCGCAAUCAUCAUAAAGUCACUGGAGGCAAGAGACAUGGCCGACGAACAACUAAGCUCUCUAGCCGCUUCGGUAGGUGUUCACGGUGUGAGGUUAGCUCAGGAGAAGGAGUCAGAGAGUUCCUUGAAUGCAUGGCAUACGUUCAUAGGCCAUACUUGCGCCCACGCGUGCACGGGCGCUUGGGCACUAUUGUUCGCCGUCUCCAGGCAGCUGCAAGGAGCCUUGUCAACAGAGGGGCAUGGGUAUGGCACCCUAGCUCACGAUUGUUGUGUGCUGGCUCAAGCAGCAAAGUGGUCCUCCCUAGCGCUGGUUUUUGCAAGUUUGUCAAUGAUGUGGUACAAGGGGAUUGUGCACUCUUGGGGAAGGGUUCACACCAUGACCAUAAUGCAGAGGGUAAGCGACACUUCUCUCAACAUGUGGGGGCUCUCGCCGCCUCCAUCGGAAAGGAGGUUGUGGCGCUUCCGACCUUUGCUUCUUCCUGCGCUGCAUCUGGCAAGCAUUCCAGCACUUUGUCUCUUGGUUCGAAGGCUGAGCAUCCUCUCGACGUGGGAUGCACUCAACGAGGCUUUGUGUUCCUUCGGAGAGUUUUGUGCGGACUUCCAGAACGCCAUCACUUCAGGUCUUGCGGCUCUCAAGUCGAAUCUGGAGAUCCUUGUCUUGAAAUCUCCGGUGCUCUUGCGAGAGGUUGCGACCCAUGGCGACAAGAUCCUAGUCCUAGACCAAUACGACCGAAUAGCACACUCUUCGUUGCGAAGAUGGGCAGGCACCUUGGGCACGCGGUUAGCAGGCAGCAUCGUGGGCCUUUCCGGUUCCGACCAAUUGAGGAGAUGGAGAGACAGGACGGGAUCACAAAUGAUGGACAGGGAGCUGAAGUCCAGGAAUCAGACUUCUGUACUGAGGAGGAUUGGAGAAGUGUGGCACUGCAGCAACUGCAAACAUUUCGCAAUGCAGGCCAAGGCGGAGGUGCACUCCUCUAUCACCUCCGACUUCACGUCGAAAGUCGACAGUCGCCGAGAUUCUCGCAGCUUCCUCAUCUUCUACCGAAGGUUGAGGAGCUACACGGGCACUGAGGCGGAUGGCCCGCUUACGCCGAGAGAACGAACAUGGAUCCAGGAAGUGGGGGACCGACUUUGGCUUGAGUUUCUGGAGUUGACUAUGGAAGAAGAUGGAGGUGUGGAAGAGAGGGGCCAUGGUUCAGGGCCGUCCUUCGUUCCUGAACCAAGGGGCAACCGAGCAGUUGAGUCCGAGGGUGAGGGGUCCAAUGAUGCCACAUCACUGUUCCAAGGCUGGGGCGGUGCUCUUGCCCUGUCUCUGCCUGCGCAUGUGAUUCCUCCGAGUACGGUUCUUGCCGAGCCUCCUCAGUUCUUGAGACUGGUCCAUCGUAGGCUCAGGGAGAUGUGCAGAACGAGUGGACACCAUGUUGCUGGGUUCAUGAGGGCCUUCCGACACCUGACGAAUAGGCGAAGGGACCGGUACUACAUAGUCAACAAUGAGCUUAUCCUCAAUGACUUCCACAUGUACCUCGACAGCCCCAUUGACUGGACGGUGGCCUUGCCGGAUGAGGAGGAAAACUGCUACCAGAUGGCGUGGUGGCUUGAGUCGGAGCUUUGGGUGGAAAGGUCCGAUGAGGUCGAGGAAGGGGCUGGCUGGGAAAGCGACCUGGUGAUGACCGUGCGAAGCGAAGCUGUGAUGGAGGCGGAUGGGAGAUUUGCGUGGAGGAGAGGGGAGGAGAACUCGGUCAAGAGACGCCGAACUAUGACGGGUGACGGCCAACAGCAGGCAAUGUCUUCAACGACUUCCACGGCACCCUCUUCGGAGUUCUUGAAUACCCCUGGGUGGAGGAGCCGGACUGAAUGGCGACGCCUCACGCAGCACACACCCGCCGUGUGCCAAGAGCAAGAGGUGAAGGACAUCGAGCUGGAUGAGAUGGCGGCCUGGGUUGAAGCGGAGUUGUGGGAGCACCGGGUGGAAAGGCUGAUCAGGCAAUAUGGUGACUUCAGUGACGCUUACAUCCAGAGCCGAGCUCGCCUUCAGCUUUCCAGGAGAGUGAGGAUGCGGUGGAGGCUGAACUCUCCGGCGGUCCGUGCGCUGGCAGCGCUGGAUGGAGGUGAUGCCGCCAGCCAGUUGUGCGGAUGCGCGUGCCCGUGGAGGGAGACCUGGUCCACAUGGGAUGAGUCCUGGACCUCUGGUGGAAGAGAUCGUGAUCGACCUCGUGAAGGACGUAGCCGGGGCAGCAAUGGAGCGCCGACGGUGACGACGGGCCACAUGACAGUUGAGGAUGCUGUCUCGAUGUGGUUUCAAACACUUGGAGUCCGGGGGCCGGAGGAUGCCAUUGCUACGACCGCCCUUCCUGAGGGAGGCCGCCAGGACAGAGUUGACAUAAUGAGGGGACUGGGUGCUCAUGAGAUAAAUCUCAUGCAGCUUGGGGUGGUGGCUGUGGAUGACGAACACACGGAAGGGGAGGACAACGAGGAGUCCAUCUACAUGCAGACCAACCUCGUCCUACGUGAUCCUUGGACCAGCACGGUCGAGUUCCUCAACAGCGGGUUGUGUGGAAUGGGGGAUGAUUUCCGGAGGGAGCGGGCCAGACGGCUCAGAGGGAUCCUGCAGCCGGUCUGCAACCAGAUGCCGUGUGCACAGUGGCAGUUACUCUCGUACGGCAGCGGGCAGCUCGCCAGGUGA